AUGAUACUACUAGCUGACUCGUAUUUACCAGUGCCACCAAGAGAUCUAGAAAACAAUGAGAAGUUAGAGUCUCAAUCUGGUGAUAUGAACAAAGAUGGUUCAUUAAUCCUUGAAGCUUUGAACCGUAUUGAAAACAAUCUAGAUACAGUAUUGACCAACCUGGAGAGAAGUAAUCUAGAUUACGAUUUUAACAAUAUGCUGAACCUCGAAAAAAUCAACACUGAUAACGAUCCAAACAACAAAGAUGCCAUUCAUAGCAACAGUCGUAAAACAAAAAUAGAAAGUCCAGUUACACGUGUUGACACUACCGCUAAAGUUGAUGACUUACAAUUUGAAUGUCACGCAGUCAAACUCAAAGGGAUCUUUGACAGUCCAUUCCCUUUGUGUACAUAUACAGCUGAAGAGGAUAAAUGGGUGUCCGGGGAAUUCCUUAAAAACAGCUAUUGGGAAAGGUCUAUUGUAAAAGCCAUAAUGAACCAGCUGUCGGAUAACCCUGACUGGGGAUUUGUUGAUGUUGGUGCUAACAUUGGCACAUACACCAUCCCUGCUUUAAAACUUGGAGCCAAGGUUAUCGCCAUUGAAGCAAUGCAAGGAAAUGUUGAUAGAAUAUCUCGUUCUGUUCAACUCAAUGACCUGCAUGAGAAUCUUACACUUCUGCAUAACGCAGUAUAUGAUGUCCACACGGAAUUUACUUUCAGGCUAGAUUCUGCAAAUGUUGGAGGGACAUCUGUUGUCAAAUUAAAAACAAAAGAAGGAAGGGGUCAGACAAAACAUGCAAACGAGACUGUGUUCUCUGUAUUCCUCGACGAAAUACAUCCGUUUGUAGAUUUCAAAGAAGCAAUUAUGAAAAUUGAUAUAGAAGGUUCAGAACUGCAUGCUUUUGAAAAAGCAGGUGAUUUGUUAGACAAAGUACGAUUUAAUGAAAUAUACAUGGAAUGGAUGCUUAUUAAAACCUCAAAUGGUUCAGGAGAAUUUGUAGAGAGCAUGUUACAAAGAGGUUACAGCGUCUAUGACGUGAAUAAACCGUACAAAAAAUUGACAUUAACAGAAUUGCAAAAUUACACGAAGGACAUUAUAUGGAAAUUGUGUUAAAUACUUUCUAGAAUAGAACCAAUCUGUUCCGUGAUUUUAUGGAAUAGCGCCAGCGUGCUGUAAAUCAUCAUUAAUAACAGAUCCCUUGCCUGAAAUCCUUUUGUAAUCGCCAACAACAGCCUUUGUCGAGUUAAAACCAUUUAGCAAUUGUCAUCUUUGUUACAACUCCAGGAUCAUUUUCUAAUGCAAUUUCACUGGGAAUUGAAUAAUUACUCGCCCUUUGACGCAGUGAGACUAUUAUGGCAUUGAUUACAAUAUUCUCCAUAUGCGAGAUAGGUUUAGGAUGAUGGAAUUAUCUGUUUCCAAGCAAAUGGUUUCUGAUUGAUUUCCUUUUCAAUUUAUUUUAAAUGAGGAUUAAACUUUUGGUGUAAGGUAAUAUGGUA